UCAGUAGAAAAAUAUAAUUGACUCAGAGUCAAUGGAAAGUCACUGCCACAACAGAAAAACAAACAUGUUAAGUGAUUGCUGAACUUUAAAAAUAACCCUAUAACAGAUGGCUUUGUCUUUUUAGCUGAUUGGCUAAAAGGAUUAACCUUUGUAUCUUUAUGAGGAUGAAUUAUCUUGGACAAACUCACUCCGCUAAAGACCACCCCUCUCUUUAAGUACAGGAGAGAUACUGAGAGUGAGAACUAGUAUAUUGUUCUUUUGCUGCAGGGCUUAAGGCUUGAUCUCAGGUUUAUGAGUCACUCUCCGCAAGAGUAUCACAGCACAACUCUCAUAGGACAGACAGCAGACGAUCAGAAGACCUAGUGCAGCCACACGCCACAUUUACUCACUACUGUGUGUGUGUGUGUGUGUGUGUGCCUGCUGGGAGUCAAAGUGAGAUGAGUCUCUGCUGUCACUAGCUGUCAGAAUCACUGCAUCACACACACACACAUACAUGUGGUAGUUUCUUUCAUAGAGAUAUGGCCUGCUUCCCUUUGUCUCUUCUCCUUUAGCUCAGUAACACACACAACUUGGACACAUACCUGUCACCAGUGAAUGAUCUGCCUUAAAUCUGUAACGCUUUCCAACACACAAACAUGCAGUUUCCUGAUCUUUCUCAUGAAAAUCAAAAGUGUCAGUUUGGCAUUUGACAUACGCCCCAAGUAGAGGGAUCAAGCCUAGCCGUAAACAUCCUACCGACACACACACGGGCUGACCUUGUCAUCCGCAUACGUACGCACAUCGCUGUUGUCUGUCUGUAAGCUGUGUAGCUGAGCUCAUUCAGCAACAGAAAAGUCUGUUCAUCCACUAUCAGCAAAGGCGGAGAUUAUUUAUUUCUCUGAAAAGCACAACAGCACCAGACAUCCAUAUGUCUGACUUUUAUUUUGCUCUGUAUAAUCAAAUGCUGUAUCUUAGAGAUUACAGAGCAAUGACUUGUCUGCAGGCUUCUGGAUAGUCUGCCAUCUUAGAACAUAUAUCAGUUUUGGUCAAUGUGUAAAUGUUUUGCUUGUCAAAAGGGAAACAAUAUUCUACUAUAUUUUAUUUAGCCGUUUUAUUUUUAUGUGCGCUUCAGCUUAGGGGAGGGUCUAUCCAAAAUAUAUGGAAGCACAUUUCUCUAAAAAAAAAAAUAAUGAAAAAAGGUAAUCGCAACUCUUCUAAUAUUAUUUUUACUUAUUAUUAUUACUAUUAUAUGAUUGUAGCUUUAUUUCUCAUUUUAAACUAAACUUAAACUUGUUUAUUAUUUAAUAUUAAAAUUGUUUUAAAAUAUAUUUUUUUACUUUGGAAAUGGGCUUUUGGGGGAAAAAUUAUUGUAAUUUUAACUGUAAAAGUUAAAAAUGCACUGUAAAAAUGCGACAGUAAAGUAACAGUAAGUUCCUGCUCUCUCUCUCUCUCUCUCUCUCUAUAUAUAUAUAUAUAUAUCAAAAAAUGACAUGUAAUUUUACAGUAAAAUACUGUUAAAUGUACAUUUUUAAAGUACAAAGAACAGAUCAUCUUAUAAUUUACAGUGAAAAGCCAUAAACUGACAUUCCCAGAAUUCCCUGUGAAACUUUACAUUUGAUGGUUUUUAUAUUAGUUUCUUCUUAGUUUUUUGUUAUCAGUUAUGUACAUUAGGGGUUUGUAAUACAUCUUAUGUUGUUAAAUUAAUGUUUUUUGCAUUAUUUUAGUGUCAUUUUUGGUUUGUUACCAUGAUGGUUCAGCAGAAAAUGGCUGUUGGAUUUACCUGUAUAAAAAUUCUUUAAAUAUAAAUUUUUCCAGGUUUUUUUACUGAAUUAUUCUGACAACAACAACUGCCAGUUUGUUUUUUUUUUCCUGUAAAAAGGACAGAUUUUUCUUAACAGUGUGUAUUAAACCCCGUUUACAGGUUUACAGUAAAACAGAAUCUUUAUGCAGGGCUCUUCAUCAAAAAGGUCUACAAAGAUGACAUUAAAAUGACAUAUUCCCUCUUCUGUCAUCACAUCAGGUAUUGACACUCAGUUGUAAAUGAUGCUGUGACAGGCUGUCUCUUUUUCUUUUUUUCAGAUUUUAUAACCAUUUUUGGUGUGAUUGUAAACAAUGUUGGGAGAUAAUUAGCUUGUCUAAAAUAAUUCACUUCAUCAAAUCAUUAACUUCAUUCCAUUAUGAUUCAAAAGAAAAAAGCAAAACAUACGAGGACCACAUACGUCACCAUAAGUCGUACAAGCGUUGUGACUGAGCUGUGGUUUUCAGAUCAGGGGUAAGUGGUGUGUCUGGUUGCUAGGUAACAGUUAAUGUAGACCAAAAAUGGCUGUCUCAUUUGUGUCUGUGAUGGACUAGAUAUUGCAUUGUAGGGUUUAAAAGCCAAGGGUUGUUGUUUUGUUGGUGUUUAAUUUCUGUUAUGCAAAUCAAAAUGCUAAUAGGGGGAUUCCAGUAUUAGUUAGUAGUAACAUUAGCAAUUGGUGUGUGCUGUUUGUGACACUUUGUUUGCACUUGGACUGAAUACAUUUGUACACAUGAAGGUGUAUGUGUUUAAGAAAAAAAAAAAAUAAGAGCAGCAUCAGAGGAACAGAUUUGCUUUUGCUAGUCGCCUUACUGUAUUAUUUUGCAGUUGUGUAGACGCAAUGUAGGCUAUCUUAAAUGUAAAAAAAAGUGAUAUGACAAACUGAAUUCUAAAGAAAUAAACUGGAUGUCUGAUGGAUCCUGUUGUGUUUGGAAAUGGAUGUCGCUUAUCCCAUGUCCUGCUGCUGGAUAACAGAGAGAGAGGGAGCAGGAUAAGCCAGAAGGGUCAUAGGAUAAGAGGUCUUCUCUGUUACCACAAAUCCCAGAUUACAUCCAAACGGGACAAUGCCAUGGCUGGACACCGAUCUGUCAUAAAGACACGCCCACAUGCUCACAGAGGUCUGUAACUCAUCUGGUUUGUCUAUGUACUAAAGCAAGCAAAGACUUUAUUUAAUUGAAUCCCUCAUUCAUUUGCUAUUAUCUGGGCCAGUAGAGUAUUAGCAAUCCACUUCAGCUCCGCCAGACAUGAUAUCUUAAUUAGAACGUAAAUCCCUGGCCUAGGAGUCAUCCAGCGUUCGGCCUCAACCAGCUGAGAGGACAACAGAGCGGAUGGCAUUUUUCAAAUGUGUGUGCGUGAACUCUGUCUAAAAGAAACCGCUGUAUUGACAGAAAGAACAUGGUUUCAGAAGCCCUCUCGUAUGCUGAAUAACAUACAGUAUAGGCCUACUGUUCAAAAGUUUGAGGUUGGAAAGAUUUUUUAAUGUUUUUGAAAGAAGUCUCUUAUGGGUUGCAUUUAUUUGAAUAUGGUGAAAUAUUACAACUUAAAAUAACUGCAUUCAAUUUGAAUAUAUUUUAAAAUGUCAUUUAUUCCUGUGAUGCAAAGCUGAAUUUUCAACAUCAUUACUCCAGGCUUCAGUGUCACAUGAUCCUUCAGAAAUCAUUUUUAUAUGAUACACUGGUAUUCCAUCAACAACUUCACUUUUGGGUUGUGUGAAAAAAUAACAUAGACAGAUAUUGUUUAUAUGUUGUUUAUGUUAUAUGUUGUAUAUUUUAUGUUGUAGCUUAUAUUCUUGUUUUUAAAUAUUCCUGUAUCUAAAUAAUAGAACAUGGUGCUAUAGCAACACCAAGUUCAUGGGUUUGAUCCUCAGGGAACACACAUACUGAUACAAAUAUCUUAAAUGUAAUGUACCUUGAAAGUCGCAUUGGAUAAAAGCAUCUGCUAAAUGCAGAAAUGUCACAGAAUUUUUCUAACAUGCUUUAUUUAUGUGGAGGUUAAGAAUUUAAAGAAUUUAUGGGUUAUGAAUCCUGAUUUUGUGUGUGUGUUGUAUCAGAGAACAAGCAGAUAACAGAACUCUUUGUAUGAGUGUCACUCCUUAUCUUUACUCUCUCUCUCUCUCUUUCUCUCUCAGUCGUUCAGGGAUAGCGGUGUCAGGCAUUAUAUGUGUGGAAUCCUUAUUAUUCAGCUCGUGCGCGCUGCAUCCCGGGCUCGCGCUUUGGCAUGACGCUGAGUGUCAGUCAUUUCGCCACUGAAGUUACGGAGCACAAGCAAAGAACACUCCUUCCCAUCGUUUUAUCGACGACUCAGAGGGGGUUGCUUCCAGAUUUCCACCAAACGACAACAUUACAUUCGGCGUCUCUGAGCACAAACGUAAAGGUCAAAAUGACGCUUUGACGUUUUCACUGAAAGGCGCUGUUGCGCGCUGGGUGGUGCUGAAAUCUAGUGCAGCUUCACGUGUGAUUGGCAAACCUGACAGUGAUUGACGUGUGUCUAUGGCAACCAGGCAGCCAAUCUAACAACUCCAAUAGAAUAGCGGCAGCAGGGGCUAAAUGUUCUUUUAUUUUGCUCCUCAGAAAACACCUUGCUUCCAGUUUUUUAUGUUCACACUCAAUCAAAGAAGAGAUUUUGCCGUCCAGGCUGCUUGAGCCUGCCGCACGGCAUCGCUCCCCGGCUCGUUUUGUGACACGGCUGUUAACUUUUGCCGUUUUCUGACAGACAGGCUGAACAAAAAAACGAGCGAGACAGACGAGGAGCAACACCAGAAAGGAGGGCCAAAGAAGAGAGAGAUUACAGUCUCCAUGUUCCAGCUGCCCAUCUUGAAUUUCAGCCCCCAGCAGGUCGCGGGGGUCUGCGAGACGCUCGAGGAAAGCGGCGACGUGGAGAGGCUCGGCCGCUUCCUCUGGUCACUCCCGGUAGCGCCGUCCGCCUGCGAAGUCCUCGGGAAGAACGAGUCUGUCCUGCGCGCGCGAGCGGUCGUGGCCUUUCACGCGGGCAACUUCCGCGAGCUCUACCACAUACUGGAGAACCACAAAUUCACCAAGGACUCACACGCGAAGCUGCAGGCGCUCUGGCUCGAGGCGCAUUACCAGGAGGCAGAGAAACUCCGUGGGCGUCCGUUAGGACCCGUGGACAAGUAUCGCGUCCGAAAGAAGUUUCCACUGCCUCGGACGAUAUGGGACGGUGAACAAAAAACACACUGCUUUAAGGAGAGGACGCGGCAUCUGUUGAGAGAGUGGUACCUGCAGGACCCUUACCCGAACCCGAGCAAAAAAAGAGAGCUGGCGCAGGCGACCGGACUCACACCCACACAAGUGGGCAACUGGUUUAAAAACCGGAGGCAGAGAGACCGAGCGGCAGCGGCCAAGAACAGGCUACAGCAGCAGGUUCUGUCCGGUGGCUCGGUCCGAUCGCUGGGGGACGAUGACACCACAGUAGACCGCCUGGGUCCAGCUUCAAGCCCAGAAGUCAGUCUCUCGAGCAAGGCCGCCACCUCCGCCAUCUCCAUCACCUCCAGCGACAGUGAAUGUGACAUCUAGCGUGACAGGCUUCAAAAGAGCAAACAGAAGAACUGUAAGAGACAAUCUAACAACUACAAAAAUUUAGUGCCUGCAACCGGCCCAAAGAGAGGCUAAAAUGAAGGAUGGAAAAAUAGCAUCACAAUUUCAUUUUCCAUUCGUUGAUGUGAUCAACAAAAUGCGCAGUGCUUCUCAAGAAGACAGGUAAAGGGAGUUUUUGAAAGACAAAAAAAAAAAAAAAAAAAAUCUUCAUAGGCUAUCUGAGGGCCGAACCUAUUACUGUAUGUGCGUACUUUAUCAUGAAAAGACUGAAUAAUGUUUUAAUGUUCACUUGUUUUUUUUAAUAUAUAAAACGAUGUUUAUUUGCUUAUUUAAAAUAUCAUCGGCCCCUAGGCCUUUUAUUUGUGUGCUUUUUUUUAUUAUCAUUUUUGUUGUGCGUAAUGCUGAGCGUCGUGAAUUUGAAAAAAAAAGAUAAUCAUGAUUGAAAAAAUAAAAUCACUGUUCAACUAAAUAACGAUCGCAAAAUCACAACGGUAUUUUCUUUACGACACUUAUUCCAAUGUGUCCAGUGACAAAAACUGAGCCAAGUAAUAUGUGUUAUUUCAUGUUUGUUUUUAAAUUGUUGUCCAUGUGUCAAUCCGAAAGUAAACAUAUGCAGUUCAAAAUGUGAAUGUCACAUGCUGCAGAACAGAUUUAGAACAGACGGGGAUCAAAUAUGUUGCAUGUUUUAAUGCCUCUCUGCGAGCUCAAUCUCUCUCACACUCGAGCAGUAAUUGGCUAAAACGCUUCGCGUGGUGUAAUGCGCUCUGACAGCACAGGGUCAGCGAAAGGCCGAGACGCUCUCCCGGAUGUCAACACAACCUAAGCUGUGAUCUGCUGUUUAAACAGAACCUACUAGUGGCCCAAGCAAGCUUCAUACAAAUAAUUUAUUAUCAAAGGAGUUUGGCACUGCUGCCAAUUGCUGAAAGUACACUUUGUUUAUUUUUUAAAAUUUAAUUUACGUGGCUAUAAUAACUUACUAUAUUUUUCUUUAAAUCUAGUAGGUUUAUUCGCCUUGUGGCAUUGUUUAGAUUUACAUUCAUCGACUGUUAGGCUAUAAUCACAACAAAAUACUUAAUUGUUUACUUAAUAGGCUACUUAAUUAACUUUAAAAAACAAACAAACAAACAAAAAAACCCCCAUCGUUUUCGUAAUUAUUUUCAAAAAGAAUGGUUUAUCUUUGUCAAGUGCCAGAAGCUAUAAAAAAAAGAAAAAGGAAACCUAUUCGUUUUUUAUAGCCUUCCAAAUUUUUCAUAUUUAGAUGAAAAAUAAAUGGUUGUAAAUAUUUUAUGAUAUUUUAAAAGCACGGCCACGCUGUUCUUAGUGCUCAAAUCUGUUUAAGGUGUUUAUGUCGUAAAUGAGGGAAGGAGCAGGCGCAAAAACACAGCGCCUCUGUUUCCCAACUGCCUGAAGAGUUCACGGCGCGCACCUGGGUUUAACCCGCGCCAUUCAUUAACGCUCCCAAUAAAAAGCACAAGCUGUAUUUUUCAAUCUUCUUUCAGUCUGAACAACGGCGGGGCCAAACCAAGUGUUCCUUCCGAGAAAAAGGAGAAAAUAGGAGCCAAAGCAAGGGAGGGGAAAGGAGCACGGCUUUAUUUAAACACUGGAUACAGAAUGGUGGAAAAUUUCCGUUUCUUUUGAGCUCUGGGGAGUGCAGGGUGGGACGAUGAAAAAGUCUUUUUAGCAGUCAAUAAGGUUGUCAAAUUGGUCAACGGUAAUCAGCACUAAUGACGAGCUGGAGAGGGCCGAGCUAACAAAGAACCACCCCGCCUUCCCCUCCCCAAAGCCUCAGCAUGAAAACUCUCCGCCGGGGGUUGCCAGAGGUACAGAAAUCCAAACUUUUUUCAUUUGUGUGAGUGAGUGUGUGACGUUCUGGGACGUUUAAUUGAGGAGUUCACUGUCUAGAAGUCUAAUAAUCAUAAUAAUAUACCCAAUAAACCUCAUUUUAUCACUUUCGAUGGAACACUAAAAAAACAGCAAUGUCAGUUAUUUACGCUUCUAUAGCAUAGUUGUCAUUCUGCAAGUGGAAAGAAAAUGGCCAAAUAAGCCUAAAAAAUAUAACGCUUAUGUAGGCCUAUAUGUAAAUAAACCCAAGGUCCCAUUUGAAAAGGACGUGUACAUAUUCAUACAUGUAGCCUAAGGCUGCCUGUUAAGUGUUGGUGACUAUUUAAAAUGUACAAGUCUUGUAUAUUCCUCUCAGUGAAGACGAUUUUUCUAUAAUUCCCAAUUGUUUGUGUGAACUACACUUUUUUUGUUUCUGUAGUCACUGCAAAAUACAACUUGAAAGUUGCCUGUUAA